AUGGACUCCUUUUCGGCGGUAGAGGAGGCAACUUUUCAAGAGAAGCCAAAAAAUUCUGUUGAUAAAACGUCGGUGAAGCGGUGGCUGACCGGAGCGGAGAAAGACGAAGACGAAGAGGAGUGCGACACCGAAGCCUGGGAGACGCUGAAUAAGAGUUUUAAGGAAGCGCAAUCGGUGUUAGAUCAGAACCGAUUGUUGAUUCAACAGGUGAACGAGAAUCAUCAGUCGAAGAUUCCUGAUAAUUUGGUAAAAAAUGUCGCGUUGAUUCAGGAAAUUAAUGGUAAUAUCUCAAAGGUAAGCUCUGUUUAUUCGAAUCUAUCUGUCAAUUUCGCAAGCUUUGUUCAUCAGCGACGCGUCAAGAACAAAAACGAUAAGCUGGAUCGCUCAGACUCGUGA